GUUAACUACGGUGGAAUUGACCGAUAAAUAAAAGUGGGUCAUGCGGAAAUACGUUUCCAUUUAAAGAUGAAGGAAAUAAUCAACGUGUAAAGCUAAGGAUUAGUUAAAAAGCUGAAGUUUCCGUUAACUAGAAAUAAAGGAAACUUCCUCAAGUUGACAGCAAAAUGUGCAAUACAAUCACUCGCCAGUUAAAGAAAAUUGUGUGUUCCGCCUGUGGAAUAGUCAAUAUAAUAUACCUAACAACGACUAUCUCAGUCAUUGUGCUUAUGCAGUUAUUUUAUGUAAACUAUCAACUGAAAUCAGUGGUACCGAUUGCUAACAAUGUGAAACAAGAACUGAAAGUUUUUAUUUCUUUUCGGAGUUUAAGUCCUAGCACAAAUCCGACACCCUUACCUACCACUUUCCGGAAGUUUAUGUCCAAAAUUCAGAGGCCAGUUACAAAGCGGCCCGAUAUGUGCCAAGGUUGUUUUGCGCAUAAUUAUACAUAUAUUCUUGACAAUGAGGAUAUCUGCAGCACGGGGGACGGAAAGCAAGAAGUCAAUAUACUGGUUCUCAUCUCUACAACUCAUAAGAACACCGAAAGUAGGAAAGCUCUCCGAGAAACCUGGUUAUCUCCCUCUUGGAAAAACACCGGUGACGUCAGAUAUGCCUUUCUACUAGGAAUGGCGCCUGAUAGUGCCACCCAGGUUGCUAUAGAAACUGAGAGUGCCACUUAUCAGGAUAUUAUUCAAGAAGAUUUUGUAGAUAGUUAUAACAAUUUAACUUUAAAAACCAUGAUGGCUUUCAAAUGGGCAAGUACUAAGUGUAAAAACGCUAAAUACUUUAUGAAGACAGAUGAUGAUAUGUACGUUAAUUUAGAAUCCUUAAAGAACACUUUAAGAAAAAAUAGUUUUGUUCUCCAAAAAUCUAUAGGUGGAUUUUGCAACCUUUCACGGGAACCAAUCAGGACAAAUACAUCGAAAUGGUAUGCACCUUUUGAGAUGUUCCCUCAUAAGGAAUAUCCGCCAUAUUGUUCUGGAACGGGAUACGUGACAAGUCUUGAUGUUGUGCAGAAGGUUUAUCAAGUUUCAAAAAAUAUUCCGUUCUUUUAUCUAGAGGAUGUUUACGUUUCUUUGUGUAUGAAAAAACUCGGAUUAAACAUGACUCACUUACCCGGCUUUCACGCCGAUCAGCAGAAACCCGGAUGUGUGUACAAAACAAAUGAAUUAGUGACGUCACACAGAUUAACACCAAAACUCCUUAAGGAGAUAUGGAAUAAAAAGUGUAAUGAUGUUUGAAAUGAUUUUAAUGUAUUUCCAUUUAAUGUAUAACAUUUAUUUUGUGAUUUACUGAAUGCACCUUUGCAUGCAAUACUCAUUAUGAUGUCCGUCCGAUAGUGUAAUAAAAUAUAUGAUGUGCAAUAUAAAUCGACAAUCAUCACCAAAUCUUUAUAAAUAUGUAUAUUAGCUGUAACAUAUCCCAGUAUGUGUUCUGUUGAAUUUGCAUAAUUAUAUAAUUUAUAUAAAGGAUAAAAUCCUGAGUGAUAUAAGAGAGUUAUUAUUCUCGUUAAAAGAUGAGAGGUAUAUGUUCUUCAAAUGGUAUUACC